AUGGUGGAGGGGUAUGCUUUGUCGUCAUUCCAGGAAAAUAGGAAUGCUCAUCACACAGAUGAAGACGAAGACGAAGACGAGAUGAAAUCACCGGCGAUGGCCAAGAAAUCGUGGGGUGACACAAUCAAAGAUAUGAAAACCUUCCUGUGGAAUCCAGAGACGAGGGAAUUUAUGGGCAGGACAGCUCACAGCUGGAGCCUAGUACUCCUCUUUUAUCUAGUUUUUUACAUUUUCUUGGCUGGAAUGUUUGCAUUUUGUAUGUAUGUAAUGCUGCUUACCCUGAGCCCAUACACGCCUAAGUACAGGGACAGAGUCUCUCCACCAGGAGUUAUGAUGAGGCCACAUGUCAAACAUGGAUUCAUUUUUCACAUCAGGCUACAAGAGUCCAAAUCAUGGCGACCAUUGGUGGAAAACCUACACCAGUUCUUAGAAGCUUACGAUGACAGUGUUCAAGAACGCAAAAACGCUGUGUGCACACCUGGCAAUUAUUUCAUUCAAGACACUGGAGAAAGCACCAUGAAACGUGCUUGCCAAUUCAAGCGAUCCAUGCUAAAGAAUUGUUCGGGGCUGGAAGAUAAGAAUUUUGGCUACUCCAGGGGACAGCCGUGCUUCUUGCUAAAGAUGAACCGAAUCAUUGGCUAUCGGCCUGGUUACGGGACUCCAGUGACAGUGGAGUGCAAAAUGCCGAAAGGUAAUGAAAGUAUUAUCGAAGCAAUGGAUUUCUAUCCAAACGCCACAUUUGAUCCCGUGUACUUUCCUUACUAUGGCAAACACACACACGAGAACUACACAUCCCCGUUGGUGGCCAUCCAGAUUACCAUGAGAAAGAAUGAAACCGUUUCCAUUCAAUGUCAACUGAAUGGGGUGGGCAUCAUCAAUAACGUGCAUAAAGACCGGUUUUUAGGGCGAAUUACUUUCACGUUGAGUGUCAAAGACUAG